AAAUGUGCAUGUCACAUGAUGUAAAUUAAACAGAUGAAAUGACAAAUAGCAACAUGUGGACGAUUUUAUUUUUACACCUGACACCACAAUGUGUUAUGGGCAGUGUAGCGUAAUGUGAAUCCCUUCCAGAUUUAUACACGGGGCCGAUAUGGAGCUUCUGUAUCUGUCUGCUUUCGCAAGCAUCGUCUGUACUUUCAUUUUCCUGAGUUUCAGAUAUUUAUCUCUACUGCGAUGGAUCAGUGGACAGGCCUAUGUAUUCAGCAAGAGCCAAGAACAUUUUACAGCCGAAGAAGUAAUGGACCUUCUGAAAACAUCAAAGCCAUUUCCUGUAUCAUGCCAAAAGGGUUGGAAGAUUGACCAUGUGAGCCACGGACACCGUGUGUGGUUUAACUUUUUGACUGUCCCCCACAAUUUAAGCACAGCCAGCAUUAAAGUGUUCAGUAGCUUCUGCCAUCUGAGAGCAUCUCCACAGAUGGUGCUACAGGUUUUGAAAGACAUCACAUUAAGAUGUGAAUGGAAGCCCGGUGUUGUAGCCAGUUCAUCUGUGAGAGGUGUAAGUUCUUUAGAAAUUUCCACAAAGUUGAAAGGUGUGACAUCACUUUCUGUGAAGCAUGACAUUAUUAUGGAGGAAAGAAUCUGCAGUCCGAGAUGGAGCAGGUUUGAUACAUGGUGGGAAUCUAAUGUUACAGAAACAACAACACAACAAUACAAGAGAUACUGGCACAGGGAAGACAAUGGGUGUUGCUGGUUUCUUCAGGUGAACGAGCAGUGCCAGUCGUGGGAGUUCUACGUCACACAGCCAGUGGAAGGUUGGUUUGAAAUGGAUCACAGCCUUGUCACCAUAAUAACAUGGACCCGAGAUCAACAUCAUGAGCUCUUGGUUGAUACCGCUGCAGCUGUUCUCUGCUCACUGAAGGAAUAUCUUCUUCACCGUAAGAUACUGUCCACACCAUUUGUCAGCAUAUCUCUUCCUGAAAAAAGCUUGCUGCCCAUCAGUGUACCGGAGAAUGCUAUCUCAGAAGCGAAACCUGAAACAAAGCGAUACACGAAACUAUUUUCUAAAUUCAAAGAUUUCCUUGAGAGAACAACCCAGGGAACGAGCUCCCUAGAAUCACAGAGAGGAGACUUCAAGCGCUACUCGAGUAUCCUCCAUUUUCAAACUUCCGCCACUACGACCAUGGGUGGUGAAGUUUCAUCGAUCAAAGAUAGCUCUGGAUCAGACGUCAUCAGUCAGUCUGAUGGUGAUUCUCAGGCCAAGAGAAUCGGUACUGCUUUUGGAAACGUCACAUCAGAAAAUGAUGAUGUUCCCAAACAGGAAAAGUCAAAGAAAAGUCUGCAGAGGUCAAUUAGUGACUUUACAGGUCACCGACCAGAAUUAAGACAUACCGACAGACAGCAGACACCAGAGAGUGUUGAGGAAGAUAUGGAGACUACAGACCCAGUGUAUACCAAGUACAAAGUACAGGCAAACCAAGCAGCAGCAGAACUAUUGGCACAGGUUUUACAAGCCUCUAAUAUCCAGUUAGACAAGUCUCUGGAAGAUCAGCUGGAGGCCUCUGGUGGCUGGACGUUUUAUAGUUUUGACAGUGAAGUUGUGGUUUUAAAACGAAACUUCAAGAAUGGAGUUACUGUUCAAAGUUAUCUUGGUAAAGGUUUGAUUCAUGCGCCAGCUCGAACUGUGUGGGAUGCUGUUCGCAAUCCAAGAACAAGAUUUACAUAUGAUGAAACUUUGAAGAAUGUUGAUAUUUUGGAGUCAAUAGGAAGUAGUAUGAAAAUAGUUCACUUGUACCAUGAGGUUCUGCAGAUGUUGAAGAAGGCUGCAUGUGAUAUAUGUCUGCUACAGAGUGAGCGAGUCGAGGGGGAGAAGUACAUACUCACGUACGAGUCCAUUGAUGACAGAAUACCUCACAAGCCCGGCACAGUCAGAGCUAAGGUGCUUCCAAGUGGAUGGAUAAUUGAACCAGUGAAAAAAGACAGGAAAAUAUGCUCUAUGGUUACUUACCUUAUGCAGAUUGAUUUUGGACCAGCCAAGUCGAAUUCUGAACGAUUUCCUUUUGAAGAAAUGGUGGCUAGGCAACCACUGAGUAUUGCUUUUUUGGAGCAAUAUUUGAAACCAGCUGUGAUGAUGGCUCGCCGAAAAUCAGCCCCAGCCAUUGAUAAGUAGCAGACAGCUUCAGUGGAUGUCCAUCCUAAAAUGGAGUGGAUGAUGACAUUCAUCAGAUGCAACCUUCCAGAACAUGUGCCUUGAGCUGCAUUCAUGACUUCCAAACUAUUACAUAGACAUUCUUACCAUGACAACAAAAAAUGAUCCAUGUAUUUCAGAUAAAAUAAUACAAUUUAUUAUUUUAUUAUUAUUAUUAUUAUUAUUAUUAUUAUUAUUAUUUAUAGUAGUUUUUGUAAAUUAAUAGAAUUAUAAAUAGUUAUGUAACAUGAGGUUAUUUCAUUUUAUACUUUUUUUUUUAGGCCAGCAAAGAAAAGAUUAGUUGUUGUUUUUUAUUAUAAAUAAUAUAACAAAUGGAAAACUAAGUUGUAUCUUGCCCACAAUUAAAAUAAGAAAUGUUUCUGUAACAUGCAUUAACUUUUGAAUGACUCGCUUGGGAUUUGUUUCUGCUAUUAAUGAUCUCAUAAAACUAAAUAGCAGACCAUCAAUAAAUCCAUAACGUGGCUGUAUGUAUAUAUUUAUAUAUUUUAACUGUUAAAUUAUUAUGUAGUAGAUUUUGUAUUUACAUCAUCACUAGACAUUAUGAAUUAUUUUAUUAUUCUGAAUACUUUUAUUGGAGUUGUUUGGAAACUGUAACUGCUGGGUGUUUAGCUUAUUUCAUUACACAUAAGUGAACUUAUGUCAAACUAACAUUUAUACAAUCACAGCAUUAGAUGUUUGUGUCUUUUGUGCAGCUAUUAACCAAACAUAUUAACAGUAACUACUGUUUUGAACUAAGGUGACUCAUUUCAGUUAUACUCUCUUGUAGAAACCUAAAAAUAUUUUUCUACUAGAUGUUGUAUGAAUAAUGAAAGUACAGCUUGUUUUGGAUAUAAAAACAUUAAAUGUGAAGGUUUUCUAGAUUGUAUAAUAUACCAAACAAAAUGAAUUAAGGGCCAGUAGUUUUUUCAGCAUGUUUCUGUAAAUGUGGUCAGCAUUAUAGCAAGUUCUUAAAAUUACUGUUUAAAACAAUUUAGAGUGAACAAAAUGACAAGUAUUAUUAAAAAUCAGUAUGUAAUGAAUCCUAACUGAUCGAAUUGUGUAGUUUUCAUAAAUGUAAUGACAAUCCCACCAUGUGCAACAUCGUUACAUGUGUCACAGGUCAGAUUUUACCAAAACAAUGUUUGGAAGUCAUUUAUGAUCAAAACUUGCUAAAAUAAUAUGACACAAGCAAGGAAUUACCAAAAAGUGUAUUGGCCCUUAACUAGUUUUUCUUAGUAUAAAAAAGGCUUCUGUUUUUUAUUUAUAAAGUAGCCAUGACUUGUUUUAAGUAUUGUAGCUAAUACUUUUUAAAAUAAUUUGACCAGGCACAAAUACUGUAUAUUAAAAUUUUACUUUCACCAAUAUGCUUGAAAAAAACUUGUGAAAUAUCCCUAACCUUGACUGCUAAAGGCUUGAAUCUGACCCUUAGGAGUUGUUUUUGUAUGGUUGAUGAAAAUGUUUUAAGAACUCUUUUUAAAAUUGUUUCUGAAAACCUUUAAGAUUUUGAAUCAGUGGUUCAGUAUGUUUAAUCAAACUUAACCAUGACUAUUUUAAAGUUCUAAUAAUAUAUUUCACUUUUAUCUUGUGUUAACCAUAACCUGUUUUUAUUAUUGUACUUUAGGGUGUUUUGUACUAAAAUAUCUAGUAUGAGUUCGAUUUAAUCAAAUAAAACAUUAGUUUUGGCUUAUUUAAAAUAUUGUUACAAAAGUAAUUUAAGAAACAAUAUCUGUUAUGAUCUAGUAAUUUUACGUAAUAAGAAGUCAUAUUAAAUAAAUACUAUAGCCAAAAUAUAUUUAUAUCAAAGGGACUAUCCUAAGUUUGCUGCCAUUGUCACAUGUGUACAAGAUAGUAUUUUUAAUGACUAACAUUACACAUUAAAAGACAUUUUCUUUAUUACAAUAUCGGUGUCUGUAUAAACAAGGUGUUUGUUGUCAUCCUAAUAUUUGUAAUGGCCAAAAACAAUUUUACCUUU